UAAACAACAAAAAUGCGACGAUCAAGUGACAGCAGUAGUGAGAUGAAAAAUGAACGAAUUACCACCAACAAAACCUCCGCGAGGAGUUAAAUACGGAAAAGAUGAGACAGGUUGCGGUUUUCUCGUUAAUGUCAUUAAAUCGCUGGGCUUUAGUGAGACAACGGAGGAGCGGCAACAAGAGAAACUUAAGAUUGAAAAGGAAUUCAAACGUUCUGAUCAGCGCCUUAACGAGUUAGUGUCGCGUCAUGAUCAGCAGUUAACACAAGUUCUGCCACUUUUUAGCCAAGUGUCAACAGAAAUUACAGCAAGUCGUGAACGGAUUCAUGGAGUGAAGGAAAACUUGGGUGCUUGUAAGCGAUUACUACAAUGUCGCCGAGAUGAGUUGAAAAAGAUGUGGACAGAUGCAGUGCAGCACAAAUAUGUGCUAGAAAUGCUAGAACAAAUCAAUGAAUUGCGUAAAGUGCCUCAGCGUAUUGUAAGCUUUUCGACAAAGCGGCAAUAUCUACAUGCAAGCAAGGCGCUUACCGACGCACUUGCGACUAUACAAGGCCCACUUAGCGGCGUAGAAGGCCUGGCCGACUUACGUGUUGAUUUACAAUCUCGUCGUCAGCAAUUAUAUCAACGGCUACACGAAGAGCUCGUUACACAAUUGUAUAAAAAUUCCGCAGCAGAAGCGUUUUCGAAUUUUCAACGCAACAACUCUAAUCGUUUGAAUUCAAGUUUUACACGUGGAAUCGGUGCAAGGCGUUCCACAGAUCGAAUAGAAGCGAAUGCAAGGGUUCGCAAAGCGCUCAUGGAAAUGGCGCAAGGUUUUGAUCUUGAGAAGUCAGAAGUAAUUGAUGAUGGCGAUUUAGUGGACCCUGAACUUAGUAUGACAUACUUUAUCUCAAUUAUUGUGGAAUGUUUUGGCAUGCUGGGAAAGGUACCCGAGUCAUUAGAAGUCUUGCGUGUACAAAUACAGACUCAACUUUUAGAAGUAGUGCGGCAUACAACAUACCAAUUAAUUUCGUUAAAUUGUAAUGUUAAUGAGCGCGAUAGCCCGUUAUUAACGCUAUUAGAAGUCAUAUUUAAACAGUUCAAGGCUAUUGCGAGAACCCAUUCACUUCUAUUAAAAAACUACUUGGCUGUUGUACAAAAGUAUUCGGUAGUAGGACCACAACCGUACGAUUUGACUGAUUUCUGGGCCCAGGCACAAUCUGUGUUACAAUUGCUUUUAACCGAUUAUUUGGAUAUACAAAAUGCUUCCGUAGAAGACGCACAGUCCGCAUUCGCUGAACCAAUUAACAACAUAAAUUCAUAUUUUUUACGCCGCAAAGUUCCAAGCACCAAAAAGUCGCUUUUUAAGUUCGAUAAAUCAUCGCAUUAUCCCCAACAACAAAAUGCCGAGCCUUCAGCAGGAAGUAACUCAGUCAAAGAGCACCGACGUAAUGCCUCUGAUGUUUCUACCGAUGAUAAUUUAACCGCAGCUGCACUUGGUGGUGGUGGUGGCAGCGGCAGUGCCAGUGGCAGUGGUAAUUUUGGGCAUAGUAAACAACAAAGAGAAAAACUGUUGAUCUGCAAAGCAGACCAAAAUGUGAUAACAAAAGUAUAUUUACCACUUAUGAACUACAUACAAGAAAUUGAAGGAUUUAUGAAAUGCAAGCCGGGCCAACCAUGCAGUUUGCACGAUUUCAUCGACAAUUACAUUAAGGAUACGUUCCUAUCGAAGGGCCACAAUCGUAAUUUACAAUUAACCAUCGAAUCAUUAUCGAAGAAUCAGGAUGCUUGGCGUACAAUUAUAACGCCUGAAGAAAUGAAAGCAAUGAGUUUAUCACGCCCUCUUUUGCAAUCCACCGCCAUGGUAGAGCGACGUUUGCAAGAAACCAAAAUACUUAUACAGGAAUUGCCAUGCUAUUCGGAUGACUUGCUUAAAAUGGUAUGUGCUUUGUUGAAGACGUACCGGGAAAUAGCGCAGGCCGCUUACAGAGGAGUAGUGCAACCUGAUUCGGAAGAUAAACGCAUUUAUAGUGUGGCAUGGUUAAAGGAUGAAGACAUUAGCAGAUUUUUAAAAACAUUACCUAAUUGGACUGACUUAAAGACAUCCAGUCAGCGCGUGAAGCACGGUAAGAAGCUACAACGCAACAAUUUCGAGCCAUCAGAGGAGGAAAGUCCAUUACAAGUACAACAACGCAACAUACGUGAAGCUGAAAUGCUAACAAGCAAUUUGGGCGAGGGUGGCAUUACACAGCAGGAAAUUUUAGCAGAUAUAAGUGUGUUGAAAGAACUGGCUGUAUUACAAGAGAGUAUUGAAUGGUUCUCUGGUCGUGUAUCAGAAUUCGCCAAUGAAUUGCGCAAACCGUUGGUGAAUGGUCUAAAUGUAAUUACGUCCGAGUGUACGGCAACGCACGCAGCAGCCAUCAAGGAUGGAACGAUUAAAGUGUUGACAAACUUAGCCCUAGAGUUCGAUGAGCUAGCAAAUACUUGUUUGUUGGUGUUACAUUUGGAGGUUCGGGUGCAAUGCUUCCAUUAUUUACGUUCGAAAUCUACCAUCAAAUCUAACAGUUUUAUGAAUAGCAAGGACGAUGACAUCCUCGAGCCCGAUCGUCAGGUACAAAUGCUAACUAAGCGUUUAGCGGAAAUGGAUGAAGCUUUCAGUGCAACAUUGCAUCCACGUAAAACUAGAUACAUUUUCGAAGGCUUGGCUCACUUAGCUGCCCGUAUACUCAUACAAGCUUCCAAUUAUUUGGAACACAUCGAUCAAGCGACUGUGCAGCGCAUGUGUCGCAAUUCGCUAGCACUACAGCAAACAUUGAGUAAUAUUACAGCGUCUCGUGAGGUGGCGCUGGAUCAGGCGAAGAACUUUUACGAACUUCUUUGCAUGGAACCGGAUGACAUUCUUACCAACAUUGUUGAAAAGGGUGCCCAGUUUACGGAAAUGCAAUACUUGAAUGCUUUGCAGUUAUCAUGUAAAGCGCGUGGCAUUACCGACACUAACGCUUUAGCGUCAUAUCAGCAAAAGUUAUCAGACAUUUUGGGCGCAAAGCCAUCAACAGGCAUUGUUGUUUAAAGAGUUAGAAAAAAAAAUUGUUCUAACAACUUUACUUUAGCAAUUGAGACUGUUCGUUUCGCUUAAAUUGAAAUUAUAAUAACUAGCUAUGCCUAUGCAACUAUGCUGCUACGUUUCUAAGUAUAUUGAGAAGCAUUAACGGCUUUACUGAUACAAAAAGAACUUUAAAUACAAGCAAACUUCACUGGUGAUACACCUGAUUACUAUUAAAGUAAAUUAUAUAUAAAAUUUAUUAAACAUAGAAAUGAAAAUUA